GCGGCCGUGAAGAAACACAGAAGAAAGAGAGAGCGAGGGAAGGAGAGAAGGGGCGCAAAGCUCUCUUCUUUCUCUUUCUUUUCUCUCCUCCCCUUCUCUCUCUUCUCUUCUCCUUCCUCGCCCCCCUCACCACUUUGAGGCGGGCGAGACGCAGCUGCACCAUCUCUUUCCCCUUGCCCUGCCUCAAAAUCCAACCUUUUUUUGUUGUUUAUUUAUUUAUUGCGUUGGAUGAAUUCCUGUCUGAAAUCGGCUGCAAACCAAUCGGAAUUGGGAAUCGGAAGUGUUGCUUUGUGCUGAACAUGGCGUUUGAAGGGUCCAUUUCGUUGUCGGUGGUGGAGGACGUGCUAAAGCAGCACGAAUCGAGGAUGUGCGACAUCGACUUGGCGUCGAGGAAGGAGGAGCAAGCAGCAAUGAGAAGGUAUGAGGCAGCUGCAUGGCUUAGGGGAAUAGUUGGGGUUGCUGGUGCGAGGGAUUUUCCAGAAGAGCCUACUGAGGAGGAAUUCAGGCUAGGACUAAGGAAUGGAAUUGUUCUCUGCAACGUGCUCAACAAGGUUCAGCCUGGAGCAGUGUCCAAGGUGAUUGAAGCUCCUGCGGAUUCAGCUUCCAUUCCUGAUGGGCCUGCUCUAUCAGCAUUUCAGUACUUCGAGAAUUUGAGGAACUUCCUUGAUGCCCUAGAAGAAUUGGCUCUCCCCACAUUUGAGGCAUCUGAUCUACAGCAGGGUGGUAAAGGGUCUAGGGUUGUUAAUUCUAUUCUGGCUCUAAAAUCAUAUGGUGAGAAACAAGCACGGAGGAAAGGUUCCUCCAAGUCUGGUGGAAUUGUGAAACAUUCAAGCACUGGAAAACACUUUGUGAGGAGAAACUCAGAACCUUUCAUGUAUUCUCUCUCUAGAAGUCAACCAAUUCAGGAUGGUGGGUCAUUGGAGCAGAACUUCAGCAUUGAUUUUUCAGUAGAAUCUUCUGAAAUGAUAUCACCCUCUCUGAGCAUGCUUGUACGCACCCUUAUAUCAGAUAAAAAGCCUGAAGAAAUCCCUUUGGUAGUUGAAUCAAUGUUAACAAAAGUAAUGCAAGAUUUUGAGCAUCAUAUUGCAAGGAAACAGGAGAUGAUGGAUAAAACAUUGAAAGAGAUAAAUGAAACCAGUUUGUUUUAUGGAGCAAGCAAUUCAAUGGAGAUUCAGCCAACAUGCUGUGUGAAUAAGUUGAAAGUAAUUGAUGAAACUGCAUCCCUCCACGAAUCAAACAAUUUGACAGAGAUUCAGUCCACUCCCUGUGAGAAUAAGGUGAACAUGACUGAUGAAACUGGUUCCCUCUACGAAGCAAGCAAUUCAUCAGAGAUUCAGAACACUUGCUUUGACAAUAAGAUGCCAGAAUCAGAAAGUUCUUACACGUGUCCAAGAGCUGAAGAUUUUACCAUGAGCUUGAGGGGUCAAGAACAAGCAAAAGAAAAACUUCUGAAGCAGUGUUUACUAAUUGAGAAGCAAAAAAGAGAAAUUGAUGAACUGAAGUAUGCACUCCUAGCAACCAGAGAGAGUGUAGAGUUUCUAAAGACACAAUACUCAGAGGAAUUUAACAAUCUAGGAAAGCAUAUGCAAAUCCUAACUCAUGCAGCUUCCGGGUAUCAGAAGGUUCUUGAAGAAAACAGGAAGUUGUAUAAUCAUGUACAGGAUCUUAAAGGAAACAUUAGGGUGUAUUGCCGUGUGAGGCCUUUCUUACCUGGAAAACCUAGUAAUAAUUUGACCACUGUUGAUCAUCUUGAUGAUGGAAGCAUUACAAUUAGCACCCCAACGAAAUAUGGAAAAGAAGGUCAUAAAUUGUUUAGCUUCAACAGAGUUUUUGGCCCAUCUGUUACUCAAGAGGAGGUUUUUUGUGACACAAAACCUUUGAUUCGAUCAAUUCUUGAUGGUUAUAAUGUCUGCAUCUUUGCAUAUGGACAAACUGGAGCUGGAAAAACUUAUACCAUGAGUGGACCCAAAGAACUCACGGAGGAGGACUAUGGAGUAAAUUAUAGGGCACUAAAUGACUUGUUUCAGAUCUCAGGACAAAGAAAGGAUACAAUUUGUUAUGAAAUUUCUGUUCAGAUGAUUGAGAUAUACAAUGAGCAAGUCAGGGAUCUCCUUAAUGAUGGUCCUCAUAAAAAAUUGGACAUUCGUAAUAGUUCUCAGAAUGGGAUGGCUGUGCCUGAUGCAAACUUGGUUCCUGUCACAUCAACUGAAGAAGUAAUUGAACUAAUGAACCUUGGUCAGAAGAAUCGUGCUGUUUGUUCAACUUCCAUGAAUGAGCGUAGCAGUCGCUCUCACAGUUGCCUAACGAUUCAUGUUCAUGGAAGAGAGUUGGCAUCUGGAUCUGUUCAUAGAGGAUGCCUUCAUCUUGUUGAUUUGGCAGGCAGUGAAAGGGUUAAUAAAUCGGAGGUUAUAGGAGAUAGGCUCAAAGAAGCACAACACAUAAAUAAAUCUUUAGCAGCUCUAGGAGAUGUAAUAUAUGCCCUCGCUCAAAAGAAUUCACAUGUUCCUUACAGGAAUAGCAAACUUACACAACUCCUACAGGACUCUCUUGGGGGACAAGCUAAGACAUUGAUGUUUAUACACAUAAGCCCUGAGAUUGAUGCACUGAGUGAGACUUUAAGCACUCUCAAGUUCGCAGAGCGAGUUGCAACAAUUGAGCUUGGUGCAGCAAAGACGAACAAGGACAACGGGGAACUGAGAGAACUCAGACAGCAGGUAGCUAGUCUUCAAGUGGCAUUAGCUAAGAAAGAGGAAGAGACCCUUGGAAGUACAAUGUCCAGCCCUGACAUUUACAGGAUGAAAUCUAGCCCGACAUCUCCUGGAUGUCGAAACCAGAUUCAGACAAUGGAGGAUUUGGGGAAUAUUGAGAGCUGUUCAGCAUCGAUGGAGAGGGCAGACAUUGAUGUAGCCAAUGAUGAGGAUCCACUGAGGGACUGGGUUAGAGAUAAUGUUCAUGGUCCUGAUUCACUUGACCAGGGAUAUAUUCCUGAUGUGAGAGUGUUCAGAGAUAGGCAUACAAGCCGGCCUAAUUCUGUCACAACUGAUGAUUAUGAUGAAUUAGAUUUUGCAACUAGUGAUUCUUCAGAGCAAGAAAUGAUAUUGCAGUCGCAAUCUAGCAAUGGAAAAGCCAGUAAUGCAGUCAACGGCGGAUUGAGAAUCAAGCGGCCUCAGUCAGGUUCAACUAAAGGCUCUGAGUUGAGGACACCUCGCGCCCACAUGCCAUCUCCAUCAAGGAAGAUAUCAACUACACCACCAUCUAGCCAACUAGUAAAAGGCUCACCGGCAAGGCAACAAGCAGCUUCUGAUGGAAAACGAAGACAAAAUGAUAAUGGUAGGAUGGCUACCUCAAAAUAGACAUUCUCUCAUUAAUGGCUAGAGACUUUGUUGUUUGUUUGGUUGUUAUGAAUGCAUCGCAAGAGGGAUUGAUAGCUCUUUGCUAGUCUCUCUCAUAGCUGUGAGUAGCAGCAAGAAAACAGCUGUUUGUGUCUGGAUGGGUUGAUCUUGCUCCAAGGGAAAUCGACAAGCUUUGCUAUUUGUUACCAGCCAAAUGCGUGAGAAAGAGUGCCGUCAUAAUUUGCUAAAUGUCUGUACCAAAAACAAAUUACUUCGAACCUUUGAGUAAUAGGAAUCAUUACUCCAA